AUGAAAGUCUAUUUACGAUUUCUUGGCUUGUGGAGAGUUGUAGAAACUGAUGAAGAUCCACCAGAACUGAGACCAAAUCCCACUCUUGCUCAACUCAGAGCUCAUGAUGAAGAAAUGUUGAAGAAUGAUAGAGCUCUAACCUGUAUUUACUUCGGGUUAGCAUACCAUAUUUUUACAAGCAUCAUGGAUCUUGAAACACCUAAGAGUGUUUGGAAUAAACUUAAAGAAGCCUAUGAAGGAGGUGAUAAAGUAAAGAAAAUAAAGUUUUCUAUGCUGCAAAUGAAGGAGGACGAGUUGAUCAAAGAUAAAACAAUGAGGUUGACGGAUAUUGUAAAUCAAAUCCGUCUUUAUGGUAAAGACUUACUGAAUGAGAAAGUGGUGGAGAAAGUCAUGGUCAGUGUUCCUCAAAGGUUCGAAGCAAAAUUUUCAACUAUUGAGGAAUCUUGUGACAUGUCAAGAUUAACCAUUGUUGAUCUUGUUAACAACCUUGGGAAGAAACCUAGAGGCUUGAAGGGAAAGUUCUUUGGUUAUUCUACUAGUGGUCAAAGUGGAAAGUUUCCUCCAUGUCCGGUUUCUAAGAAAAUAAAUCAUGCUGAAAAGGAUUGCAGGUUCAAGGAUAGGAGCAAGACCAAAUUUCAGUGUUCAUUUUGUGAUAAGCUUGGCCACACCGAAAAAUUUUGCUGGACCAAGAAGAAGCAAGCAAAGAAGCAAUCUCAACAACAAGAAAAUGCCAGUGAAGUGAACUAA